CAAAGUAACUCUCUCUCGCUCUCUCUCUCUCUCUCUCUCUCAAUCUGACGCAGCGAUGAAGAAAGGCGAGAGAUCAAUGGCGGAACAAGAUACAGAGGAAUCGCACGGCAGCGUGGCCCACCACAUGGCUGUCCCACCCGGGUUGACCCAGGACGAAUUCGACGAGUUGAGGCAGUUCGUGACCGAGUUCCACACCUACGGAGUCGGCCCCGGCCAAUGCUCUUCCCUACUCGCGCAGCACAUCAACGCGCCCCUACGCACCGUUUGGUCCAUCGCACGCCGGUUCGACAAGCCCCAGACCUACAAGCACUUCAUCAAGAGCUGCGAGGUCGGCGACAACUUUAGGAUGACCGUCGGGUGCACCAGGGACGUGAAUGUUAUCUCGGGGCUACCGGCUGCCACGAGUACGGAGAGACUGGAUAUACUGGACGACGAACGACACGUCACGGGGUUUAGUAUUACCGGCGGGGAGCACCGGUUGAGGAAUUACCGAUCGGUCACCACGGUGCACGAGGUGGAGCGCGACGGGAAGAUCUGGACCGUUGUUUUGGAGUCCUACGUGGUGGACGUUCCCGAUGGGAACACCGAGGAGGACACGCGUCUGUUCGCGGACACCGUUGUGAAGUUGAAUCUCCAGAAGCUGGCGUCAGUCGCCGAAGGGAUUGCCCGUGACGGUGACGCUAAGUCAAGAGGUGAUUGAAGAAAAAUCUCACGGCUAAAAAAAAAAAGAGUAAAGGAUAGAAAUGGAAAACCUCCAUUUUCUUCUUUAAUAUGUGUUUCUCUGAAUUGAGUUCUGUGAGCAUGUUUUUUUUUUCUUCUUCUUCUUUUAUUUUGGUUUUUAACACGAGCUGCGAAAUUACGGGAAUAUCCUUUCCUUCGAACAUGGCUUGGCCGCGGUGCCCCCACGUGAUUCCCAGGAGGUUGUUUUGAUAACUAUGAUACGUUAAUUUGGGAGAUGUCCAAAGACAACGGGGUUUCGGUCCAAUGCAUGUGUACAGAAAAUGUUGAGGUGAGGAUAUUGAUGUCAUUUUGUAUUUUGUGAAUAUAAUUUACUUUUAAAA